CAUGCCCAUUUCCGCAACGGACCUCGAGAAUGCUAUACGGGCAGCUAUACCUGUCGUUCACUUGGAGAUCGAGGAUACGUCCAAUGGCUGCGGGGAGAAUUACGAGGUGUUCGUUGUGAGCCCGGCGUUCGAGGGGAAGAAUACUCUUGCUCGGCACCGCUUCAUCAAUGAAGUCCUCAAAGACCAGAUUGCGCAAAUGCACGCGUUUUCGCAGAAGACACUCACGCCGAAGCAGUACGAGGCCCAGCUCGCACAACAGACAGCUUCUUGAUGUGUUCAUUCCGGAAUGGAGUAACUAUGGACGAGCUUGCCGUGCUGUACUAGUAGAAGAGGUGAAGUCAGGAUAUGUAUGAUGUCG